AUGGAAAUCAAGAAGAUGACACGCCACAGAAGGCGCAAUAACAAAGAGAGAGAUGAGGCUAAAUAUGCCAAUAUUAUUCCGGUUGAAAAUGGGCCGGCUGAUGACUCCAGGUGGCCACAUUUCUCCGAUGAAGACAUUGUCUUCUGCUUUAGAGAGAAUGGAACAUUCGACGUUGUCAAGGAAACUUCCAGACCUGUAAACCGAAAGGAUGAGGAAGAAAGCAUAUACUUUGAUGCGGAAGGGCCUACAAACGGCAUGAGAAGGAGAUAUCAAAUUGCUCAUGAGGUUGAAGACUGCCGCCUGGUGUCAGUAGGAUCAAGUGAAUCCAAUCAGUCCGAUGGCAGCAAUGGCUCUUUUGCCUUUCCAGUGUUGGGGUGGGAAUGGAUGGGAAGCCCUGUGCAAAUGCCAAAAUCAGAUGGCCUGCAAUUAAGGAAGCACAAGGCCCGCUGUGUGGGGUUUCAGUGUUUUAGAAUCUGA